CUUUGACUUGCUCACAUUCAGUAUUCAACGACAGCCAUCGAUGCAUCGACGUCCUCUAACAUCGUCUUCGAUGACUCAAGUGCUCAUUCACUGUAUGCCAAUCAUCAAUGAUGCCAAAAAUCGACCGGUGUCCGGACUGAACCCAUCGCUCAGUUUACUUGCGAUCGACUUUAGGUCUUGGUUAUACGUUCUUCAGAAAUUAUGAAAUGGACUCGAUGCUCGACUAUAAUACCACAGACUCUUCACUCUGAUGAAUAAGUUCAUUUUUGCAACGGCCCUUGCUUCGUCACUGUCACAAGACCCGCCUCAUCGACAAGAGUGGCACAGAAACGAUUGAUGUCCGAACUCACGCGUCUCUAGCACCAUUUCCCUAACAUGUAUAUGAAUCCAGUAUCAUGGUUAUAUGCCUCACAAUGGCUCUUGCUUCAUCGUUAUUACGGGGCGGCGGCGCACCCACCAUAGAUGGCGAAGAUGGAAAAUACAGUGAUGCGUGGAGACCGUAUGGGAAUGGGAGGAGAGGGUUGGAGGAAGAUUAUAAAUCAUACUCUAGUAAAUCGCAAUCACCCCUUGGUAAUGUAUUCACCCAUUAA